CAUAAAUUCACUAUGAACAAGAGAAGUACCAAGUUCAUAUGCGCUCUUUACAAGAUCAUUCAGAUGUUUGGAGACACUAAUUCCAUCCAGAAUGGCCCAGUCUCACAAUCUAGUGAAGAUACGGCAGACAGUGUCGAAGGAACCAGCAUGGAUGAGACUAAGGCAUCUACCUACCAUGACUCCAAUGAUAGGAAGGUUUAUGAAGGGAUUCAGGCAUACUCAUUUGCUCAACUUUCUGAAGCCCAGAUCCGCAGAAUUAGACUAAUGAAUUCCCUCCUCAUGUUGAGAAAACAUUUGAAGAACUAUAAGGAGUGCAUGAUUUCCUCGCUAGUUUAUCUUGAUAAACUUACACAGCUAGAUGACGAAAUUUCUUCACAAAAUUUAAAUUGGGUUGUGUUAUGAUGCAUUUGAAUUGCUGAUAAGCUGUUCAAUGACUCUCCAAUAGCUAACAGGGUGUAUGCCUUUAGGGCGAACAUACAACUAGAGAAAUUCAAUGAUCUUGAAGUUAAAAUUAUGAAGAAGCUCAAUUUUGAUGCCCAAAUCCACCCUGAGGAGUAUGAUGAUUACAGGAACGAAUUGGAAAAUUUCUGUAACACUAAAACAGCUGAUUUAGAGAAUUUGUAUUUAGAAUACAAACACGACAGAUCAGUCUUGAAACAAGUUAAGGAAGAUAUAUCAAUCCAACAGCUAAAUUUGAAAAUAAACAGUGGUUAUACCUCCAGUGAGAAUAAUUACUCAGAUCCUGAGAUCUCUGAAACAAUGCAUAAAGUCUCGAGCGGAUUCUUCGCUCCAAACCAUAACUACCAAGCUGAGAAAUUCCGUUUUGAGUCCUACAACUCUCAUAUUUUUAAAGAAAUACGGACUUCAAGAAGGACCUGCAGGAGCAGAUCAGAGCCCUCCUUAUCUACAAAUUUGGAGAAUUUGAGCGGAAUGUAA